AUGCUUCGUGCCGCUACUACCUCGCUCGCUGCCGCCCGCGCUGUGACGCAUACGCAGACUGCCGCCAUUUCUGUGGCCUCUUCGGUCUUUCUUGUGACCGGUGGCGGCUCGGGCCUCGGCGGAGCAACAGCCGAGGCCAUUGUGGCUGGCGGCGGCAAGGUCGGCAUCAUCGACAUCGACGGCGAGAAGGCCGAGGCUAUGGCGGAGAAGCUCGGUGCCGAGUCGGCCGUCGCCUUCCAGGCGGACGUCACCUCGGUCGACCAGAUCAAGGCUGCCGUCGACGGGACGGUGGCCAAGUUUGGCAAGCUCAACGGCGCGGUCAACGCGGCUGGCAUUGCCAACGCGACCCGGCUGCUGAAGACCGACCUGGACACCAUCCGCAAGGUCUACGACGUCAACGUUGUCGGCACCAUCAACACCAUCCAGCAGGCGACACUCGCCAUGAACGAGAUGGAGCCCGAUGCCGAGUCGGGUGAGCGCGGCGCGUUUGUCAACACCGCCUCGGUCGCCGCCUUUGACGGCCAGAUCGGCCAGGUCGCGUACUCGGCCUCCAAGGGUGCCAUCCAUGCCCUCUCCAUCGUCCUCGCCCGUGAGCUGACCGGCUACGGCAUCCGCUGCAACACCAUCGCCCCGGGCAUCUUCGACACCCCGCUCCUCGCCUCGCUCCCGGAAAAGGCCCGCCAGUCGCUCGCCAACCAGGUGCCGUUCCCCAAGCGGCUCGGUGACCCCGCCGAGUUUGGCAAGGCCGCCGUCGCCAUCAUCGAGAAUGGCUACCUCAACGGCGAGACCAUCCGUGUCGACGGCGCCCUCCGCAUGGCCGCCAACUAA